AUGAUUUUAGCAGUUGCUCCGGUUAUAUUUUUACACAGGAUCAGCAGAGCUCAUAAAACUUUAUUAUUUCGGAUUCAGGUAUCAGGUGAUAAGCAUGAAACUUCCAACCAAUAUAAGCAUGAUCUACAUUCAUGUGUGAAAAAUGCCUCUCAUUUAGUAUUAUUGAACUCUGGUAGCAGUCCUCAAGAUUGUGCCAAAAUAAUUGGACGAUAUACUGAUGAUGUUAAGAAUGCAUCAAUGGUUAUUAAUAGUUACCUUCAAAAAAAUGAAUUUAUUGUAUUUGAUCUUACUAGGUCAGAGGAUGAUCCUCUAGCAAUUCGGUUAAGGGAAAAGUCGAUGUGCCAAUACAUAGCUGGAAGUAGAACCGGGAAAAGGAGCAGAGCAGGUGAACGAUUUUUUGAAGAUUUUAAUUCUCAUUUUUGGGAGAGACCUGAAACCCCAUUCGACAUAUUGCAUAAUACAAAUACAUCCACCAAAAGACGUCGCC